AUGAAAUGUUCGGUUCCUCAGUACCACAGCUGCAUCCAAAAGUACGAGUCUCUGGAGCUCAUUAGCUUGUUUGCUAGCCUCCCGAGAGCCUCACGACUGGACCAAACACCGAUUAAUUGCAUUAUGACAGAAAGCAUAAUGAGUAAAGCAGCGACUAUGGAGAUUCCCAUCAGCAGUAACGGAGACGCCGCUCUGCCGGAAGACGACGGCUUGGAGCAGGCUGCUAAACGGCAGUGGAGCUUAGGGGAGCAGGUAGGGAGCGGCCGAGGACCCCGGGAUUUGCAGCAGGUGAUGGUUUCAGGCCCCAAUCUGAAUGAGACCAGUAUCGUAUCGGGCGGAUACGGAGGCACGGCUGAAGGCAUCAUCCCCACCAGCUCCAUCAAGGGCUCCAACAUGAAUCACAGCAGCAGCAGCUCCUCCAUGACGGCGGAGGAGUCGACCAAAGGAGUGGCGGUGGAGAAAAUUGAACAAGUGAAAAAGUGGGGGCUCAACACUUACAAGUGCACUAAGCAGAUGAUCUCAGAGAGGUUUGGCCGAGGCUCCCGCACAGUGGACCUAGAACUCGAGGCUCAAAUUGACGUCUUGCGGGACACAAAGAGGAAAUAUGAAAACGUGCUGCGAUUGGCCCGAGCGCUCACAACCCACUUCUACAACAUGGUCCAGACGCAGCACGCUCUCGGGGACACCUUUGCCGAUCUCAGUCAGAAAUCUCCAGAGCUCAGGGACGAGUUUGGAUACAACGCAGAGACUCAGAAGCUGCUGUGCAAGAACGGAGAAACGUUGUUGGGUGCUAUUAACUUCUUUGUGUCCAGCAUCAACACACUGGUUAAUAAAACAAUGGAGGACACUUUGAUGACAAUAAAGAUGUUUGAAAACGCAAGACUGGAGUUUGAUGCGUAUCGGUCAGAUCUAGAGGAGCUGAGCACUGGGCCGAGAGAUGCAGUGACCAUGGCCCGGAUCGAAGGAGCGGAGCAGCACUACCAGGUUCAAAAAGACAAAUAUGAACGGCUUCGAUCGGAUGUCAUAAUCAAACUCAAGUUCCUGGAGGAAAAUAAGGUGAAAGUGAUGCACAAGCAGCUGCUCCUCUUCCACAAUGCCAUCUCAGCGUACUUCGCGGGGAACCAGCAGCAGUUGGAGCAGACGCUUCGACAGUUCAACAUCCGACUGCGGCCACCAGGCUCCGACAAACCCUCCUGGUUAGAGGAGCAGUGA